AUGGCAGAUCUUACAGCUAAAAAAAGAAACGAAGUUUCUGAAGACUCAGAUUAUGACCAACUUCCAACAACUGAUGGAGCAAAUUCUACAGCUGAGAGAGGGCAAAAAAUUCUCCAAAACAUGGGGAUAAAAGUAGAUGGAAAAAUAAAAUUUCCUGAUAGUAAAAAUAAUAAGGCAGAUUACAUUUACAUACCGGCUACUGGUAAUCUCAGUGAUAUACAAGAAAUAAAGAAAGAUCUCUUUCAAAACUGGUUUUCUUCAAAUCCACCAUUACUUGUCAUAUCGGUAAUUUGUGGUGAAGAAGAUCGUAACAUGAAUGAUGAACUAAAAAGAGAACUUCGAAAUGCACUUUAUCAACUCGCUGAAAACAGAGAUAUAUGGAUCAUUACAGAUGGCUUAAAUACAGGCAUUAGCAAGCGAAUUACUGAAAUCAUUAAAAGGGAUCCAAAUCGUUCGAGACGAAUACAAUUGAUUGGCAUCCCUACUCCAGAUUAUGUAGCUUCCAAGUCAAGUCUUUUAAAAUCAGGUGGAGUUGUUGAGCCUAUUGUAUCCAAAGAACUGGUACUAGAACCGAAUCAUGCAAAAUUUAUAUUCGUGGAAGAUAUAGCAAGAGAUGACUAUAAUUGGAAAGUUUCUCGAACUUAUCUUGAAGGUGUUAUUUCAGAUUAUGUGCCUGUUGUUCUUCUUGUUGUUGGAGGUGAUCUAAAUACAGUUAGAACGGUUAAAUACGCUAUGACUAAAUAUAAAAUUCCAGCCGUUUUUCUUGAAGGAACUGGUCACUGUUGUAAUUUAUUUGCUAAUGCAUUACGUCUUUAUCGUGAAUAUUAUCAUACGUAUAUACCGGCUGCAGUGCGAUUAACAAAUACUAAUACAUCUGAACGGGAGAAACAUCUUCUCGAUUUGCAAGAAAAACUUCAUAAAGAACUUAGAGUUGAAAUUAAUGCAAUUGGUUCAAGUGUGGGUGUUCCAGAUGGAUAUAUACUCCACCCAUUAUUUGGAUGCAUCCAUGAGAAAAAUGAAUUGAUCAAUAUACUUAAUUCGAAUUCGAAUAAGGCAUCUGAACUUGUCUCCAUCAUUUUUAGGGUGCUGGUAAAUGCUACAUCUGCUGGGGUUGAUAAAAAACUUAAGGAACAGGAAUGUGAAAAACUUCGUUUGGCAUUAGAUUUUAAUUGUAUUGAUGGAGCUAAAACAUAUAUCAAGGACAAUUAUAUAGAUUGGAGAGACCCUGGUUUAGACGAAUUAUUUGUAUCGGCACUUAUAUGUAAUCAAUUCAAAUUUGUUGAAUUAUUUCUGGAAAAAAAUUUUUCAAUUACUAAAUUAUUUCAAAAUAAUAAUAGUACACUUAUUGAUCUUUACAAAUUAAUGAUCGAAAAGGAUCGUGAUUGUAAAUCUUCUAAAAUUUCAUUACUCGAAAUUUACAAUGAACAUAUUAAACCAUGUGUAGGAGAUCUAUUUGAUAUUACUAGAUUGCUUCCCAAGAAAUAUUUAAGUUCACAUCACGAAAGUUUUCCAUUCCCAAUGAACGAUGAUGACGGCGAUGACGAUGAUGAUGAUGAUACAGAAACAUCAAAAAAUCUAUGUGUUCCUCCCGAUGUUAAUACGGAUCUUUUUCUUUGGUCAAUUAUAACUACUCGGCAUGAACUCGCAAUAUUAUUUUGGUCUCGUGUUAAAAAUAAAGUCUGUAUAGCAUUAUUUGCUACAUUAUGGUACAAGCAUUAUGCUAAUGAAAAAGGAAAUGAGGAUCAAAUAAAUACCAGAAAAAAGCAUAACAGAUACUAUGAAUUGACUGAACAAUAUGAGAACUUUGCCUCGCAAAUAAUUAAAAGCACCUAUGAAGAAAAUCCUGAAAUAUCUAGGAAUGCAAUUAUACAAAAAAUACCAUCGUUUGGCAAUACUACAUUGUUUGAAAUAGCUAUCGCAGCUGAUGCUAGACAGUUUAUUGCUCAACAAGCAGUACAAGACGUGAUAGAAAAAAUUUGGUACGGAAAAAUUGAUAAAAGAAUACGCCCUUUCAAAAUCGUCCUUUCUACAUUAACGAUUGUGGGUGGUGUUUUUCUUUCUUAUUAUGAUGAAAUACUUCCAUCAAACGAUGUCGACGGAAUACCUUGUGAUCAACGUGCUGAUGGGUCAGAUCCAAGUAAUUCUCUCGCAUCAGAGAAACAAGAAAUAAUAUUUAGGAAGAAAUUUCAAAAUAAGAAACGUCGCGGAUGUUGUUCCAAUCUUCAUACAUUUUUUCAUGUACCAUUUGUUAAAUAUGUUUACAAUAUAUACUCUCAAAUUAUAUUUUUAUUACUUUUUUCUUAUCUCAUAUUAUGCGGCUUCUUUCCACUCUAUGAUUUUCCUGCUGAUAUUUGUCCACCGGUAAUUGAUUCAAAAGAUGAUACAAGCAGUACUGCUGAUAAUAAUGAUGAUCAAUCUGCUUUAAAUAUAAAUCUAACAAUAAACACAAUAAAUACUAAUACACCAAUUCCGUAUGGAUUUCAACGACAUAAAUAUCCAUCUAUCGUUGAAUUUAUACUUCUUUUCUGGAUUGUUACAUUGCUUUUCGAAGAAAUUCGACAACUAAUUGCAGUACAAACGCGAUCGAUGCAAACUCGUCUUACAAUACAUGUUAGAGAUUUUUGGAAUCAAAUAGAUGCAUUGGCGAUAAUUCUAUUUUUUAUUGGUUUUACACUUCGAUGCCUUCCCAUAUCAGAAUGCUUUUGUAUGGCACGCGUUAUUCUAUCAUUUGAUUUAAUUUUCUGGUUUGGACGUUCAUUAAGUUUUUUUGCUGCUUUAAAACAACUUGGACCAAAACUUGUUAUGAUUGGUGAAAUGAUCAAUGAUUUAAAAUUUUUCAUGUUAAUGCUAAUUGUAUUUAUUUUGGCAUUUGGUAUAUCUUCAUAUAGUUUAAUACACGGUUUACAAAAACUUACGUGGCAUUUACCGCGGGAUAUUUUAAAUCAUGCUUAUUGGCAAAUAUUCGGAGAACUAAGUACUUUAGCAGCAUUUACAAAGAAUUAUAAACUAAAUGGUUACGUAGCAUUUAUUUUAUUGGUCGUUUAUAUGGCUUUUGUUAGCAUAUUAAUGAUCAAUCUACUUAUUGCUAUGUUCAGUCAUACAUUUGAAAAACUUCAAGAAGAUGCUGACCGUAUAUGGAAAUAUCAACGAUACUUAUUAGUAUCUGAAUAUUAUUCGCGUUCAUCGCUUCCACCACCACUUAUUAUUUUCUCUCAUCUAUGGCAAUUAACUAUACAAAUAUUGGGAAAAUGUUGUCGAAGACCAUAUUUUCAAAAAAAACUUCAAGAACAUUCUCGUCAAACCAACUACAAAUACUUAUUCAAUGAAAAAAUUUCACUAAAUUUUCAAGAAAUCGAAGAUAAAUUUGGUGCUAAAGUUUAUUCUAUUUCUUCACUAAAAGAUAAACAAGUAGUAAACGAAACUAAGUUCGAUGAUGAAGCAAUCAAAGCUUUACAAAAGGAUACGCUUGACAGAAUUCAAGCCGUUGAAAAAUGUUAUGAAUCUAUAAAGAGUCAGCAAAAUGAAAUGCUUGGUUAUCUUAUUAAAUUAAUGGAAUCAAUGGAUGAUUCAAAAACAUUACAUAAUGAUAUUAUAAGACAGCUUCGAGGACCCGUUUUGGAUGCUGACAAGUUCUAUAUUCCUGAUAUUCCUGUGGAUGCAACAUGGUCACAGAAUGGCAUCACUGUUGCUCAUGGUCUCGAUAAGCCUUGCGAUCUCUUCGUUGAUGAUGAUCAAACAAUAGUAAUUGCUGACUGGGGGAGUAGUCAUAUUGUCCAAUGGAAGAAAGAUGAUAUGAAUGGGCAAGUUGUAGUUGGUAGUAAUGACAAAGGAAAUCGAUCGGAUCAAAUAGAUCAUCCAACUGGUGUGCUAAUUGACAAAGAGACAAAUAGUCUCAUUAUAUGCGAUUGUUGGAAUAAUCGAGUUGUACGAUGGUCUCGUCAAAGUGGCACUGCUCAAGGAGAAAUACUUAUAGACAACAUAGAUUGUCAUGGAUUAGCCAUGGAUGAUCAGAAAAAUCUUUAUGUCUCUAACUAUCGAAAAAAUGAAGUCGGACGAUAUCAAAUAGGAGACAAGAAAGGAACUCUCGUAGCUGGUGGAAAUGGAUAUGGUAAUGGCUUCAAUCAAUUCAACUCCCCGGCUCACGUCUUUGUCGAUCGACAACAGGCCGUUUAUGUGCCAGAUUGUUAUAACAAUCGUGUAAUGAAAUGGAAUAAAGGUGCAGCAGAAGGAAUUGUUGUUGCUGGAGGACAAGGACAAGGAAACUCUUUAGCACAAUUGUCUUGUCCUAAUGGACUCUUCGUUGAUAGAUUGGGUACUCUCUAUAUAGCAGACUCUGGUAAUAAUCGAGUAAUACGUUGGCCUAAAGAAGCAAAAGAAGGUACUGUUAUUGUGGGUGGAAAUGGUAAAGGAAGUGGAGCACAUCAAUUGGGUUUUCCUCGUGCUUUGUCUUUCGAUCGUCAUGGUAAUAUGUAUGUCGUCGAUGAAGAUAAUAAUCGUGUCCAACGUUUUUCACUUCAAUAG